AUGAGCCUCCGUCUGGCUUUCCGGGGAGGCAAAUUCAUCACCAUCAUCAACGGCUACGCUCCUCCGAUGACCAGACCCUACGGCGCUGCAAGUGGAAAAUCCUACGAGGACCUGCACGCCUACCUGGCGACUGUGUCGAAGGCAGAUAAGUUUUCGUUGAAUUUAACACCCGCGUCGCCACAGAACAUGCAGCCUGGCGAGGAGUUCUGGGUCCCCACGGUUUCGAUGUCUCCAACGAAAAUGGCCUGCUCCUUCACCGUACUUGCGCAGAACACCGACUUAUCUUAACCAACACCCUCUUCUACCUGCCGUCGCGAGAUAAGGCCACCUGGAGGCACCCUCCGUCACGCUAGUGGCACCUUCUACACUACGUUUUCGUUCUAAAGCGAGACCAGCGGCAUGUGCUGGUGACAAAGGCGAUCCCGAGUGCCGACUGCCCAGUCUGCGACAACGAUCGUGGCAUCUCCCUGCUAAGCAUUGCUGGUAAGAUCUUUGCUUGCAUUCUUCUCAACCGCCUGAACAGCCACCUGGAAUGAAGUCUUCUGCCGGGAAACUAGUGCGGCUUCUGACAUCAUCGUAGACCGCGGGCAUGAUCUUCGCGCCCGCCAACUGCAGAGGAAAUGUCAGGAGAUGCGGACCCACUUGUACUUUACUUUUGUGGAUCUGACGAAAGACGUGGAGACGGUGAAUCGUGAGGGAAUGUGGAGAAUCAUGCAGAAAUUCGGCUGUCUUGAACGGUUAGCUCAGAUGGUGUGUCUGCUUCACGAUGACGUGAUGAUACGAGUGACGGAGACUGGAAAUGUCUCAGAGGCAUUUUCAGUGCCCAGCGGAGUGAUGCAGGUCUGCAUCCUCGCGCCUACCCUCUUUAUUCACAUAUUCUCUGCCAUGCUGAUGGACGUCCACCACGACGGACGCCCUGGGAUCCGCAUCACCUACAGGACGGCUGCCAAUUCCUCAACCAUCGGCGGAUGUACUUCCAGUAGCAUGUAUCCACAACCACCGUCCAUGACUUCUCUUCGCCGACGACUGCGCCCGUAGUUUCACCUUGGAAUGUGGCAUGCAAAGGAGCAGGGACCUCUUCGCCGGCGUCUGCGAGAACUUCGGCCUGACUAUUAACACGAAGAAAUUGGUCAUGCACCAUCCGCCACCCAACAGUGCCCCAAAUGCGCCGCGAAUCAGCGUGAAGGGCACCCAACUGCAAUUGGUGGACAACUUCCUUUAUCUGGGCAGUACCCUCUCUUGAAGCAUGAAAAUCGACGGUUAAGUCGCCCGCCGGAUUUCGAAGGCCAGUCAAGCCUUCGGCCGCCUUCAAAGCACGGUUUGGAAUCGUCAUGGUCUCCAGCUGAGGACGAUGUACAAAGCUGUCAUCCUCCCGACCCCUCUGUAUGGGGUUGAGUCUUGGACGUUGUACACGAAACAGGCACGCCGAAUUAAUCACUUCCACCUCACUUGUCUUUAUUGCAUCCUGGGGCUGAGGCGGCAGGACCAAAUCAUCGACACCUAUGUACUUGACCGAAUGGGAAUUCUCAGCAUCUACACCAUGUUGAAACAACUGCAGCUGUGCCGAAGCGGCCAUCUCGUGCGAAUGGACGAGGAGUGGCUAGCCAAGGAGGACAAAUCCAUCGAUGCAAGUAUACUCGGACGUCUUCCCUGAAGCGUCUGCGAAUAAAUCCGACCAACUGCGAAGACCCCGCCCGAGACCGACCGACAUGGAGGAGGACAGUGAAGACAGGCACUGCGAUCUACGAAACCGACCGCAUCGCGGACGCCAAAGCCAAAUGUGAAGCACACAUGUUUCAGCUGCUUUCACCUCGCAAUGUCAACGCCAAAUCGCCUCUAACGUGUCCACGAUGUUAGCGGACAUUCCGGGCACGAAUUACACUUGUGGGACACCUUCGGAUCAACCGCGCCACACGGACUGCACUAAUCGUCGUCCCUCCGUAUAAAUCCCCCUCGUCCUCUACGAUGCCACCAAACUCUGACCACCCUCCCUAGCCACCACUUUUCUCCUCCUCCUCCUCCUCCUCCUCCUCCUCCUCCUCCUCCUCCUCCUCCUCCGCCCCCUCCUACCCCUAUACCUCCACCUCUGCUACACCAGUGACGGCUGUUGCGGAGCCCGCCACGCGCAUCAACACUACGCACAAUCCUGACAAACCGACAAACACCAACUCCGCCACCACUGACGCUAGCGGUGAGGACCAGAACUACAACAGUCCUCAAUGCGACCGCACCUUCACCUCACGCAUCGGCCUGGCCGGUCACUUGCGAAUCCAUCGCGUAGGGACUGGCAAAAUAAUGCCUGGCGCACCAAAUUGCACCCAACGCAAUCGCCUCCACUGUCCACACUGCCCUCGCACAUUCAUACACCGCAUGGUUCUAUUCGGCCACAUGCGCAUCCACGAACACCUGCGGUAG